AAGGGAGCCACCACAGAAAAGAAGAAAACCGCGUCAGUCGUGCAGGAGGAUACAGACCGACACAAAAUUAAGGGCGCAAGGGGACUUCGCUUGGAUCGCCAGCUUCAUUUCAUGCAGGCCGCUAAAGCCAAACGCGAAAAACGGCAGGCAGAGUGGGAUGCACUCUAUGCGAAGAAACCACCCAACAAUUAUGAGGACCCCGUAGACGUCGCAGCAAUAAAGUACGUCCGUGAGAAUAUGGGUGACUAUAAACUAAAAUCAUCACCCAACUACACAGUGCCCGAGCACGAGCGACGCACCGCGAAAAAAACCAGACUGGUUCUACUGAGUACAAUGCGUCAGUUGUCAGAACGGCAAGCCGAUUUCAACCAACGUGUGCUGAGGCUGCGAGACAAGAAGGCCAAUAUCAUCCAGCAGUUGCGACUACUGGAUGAGGAGCUUGCAAAAGUUUCCAGUGCCCUGCCCGAAUCGGCCAUCGUCGUGCGACUGAAAAUUUCUGAUCUUGACGAUGAAGAAUUUCCCGAAAGGUUAGCCCAUUUAACACCUCACUCAAAAGACUCUCAAGCCGGCAUUUGUACCAAACUUCCUUCUCAUGGCACUAAGUUGAUCUUCGAUAUCACCGAUGAAAAGCUGAUCAACUUCAAGAACCGAAUUGAUCCUCCGCCUCCGGGUCCUAACGAUGCGACAGCCAAAAAACCAGCACCACCAGCUGUAUGA